AUGGUGCAUCCACUCGUCAUCACUGCAGCCGCCACAGCCGGAAUUGGGGCAGCAGUAGCCUUCGAGAUAGCCGUCUUUCGACCCUGGCGUGACGAGAAUUGGCCCCACGGCUUUGGCCAAGGCGUAAGAAACGAAUUUUUCAAGCUUCGCCGCGAAGUUGAAGAAGCAGUCAACAAGGUCCAAGAUGGCUUUCAUACGCUUAGAGAAGGUCCUCAGCCCAAUAGCGGCGGCAACAGGCAUCAUCGUCGACUGAGUGAUGACGAAUUGGAGGAUUUUCGCAGGGGUGCAGGGGAAGAGGCGAGUCGAGAGAGCGUUCAGCACGAAUUUGAGAUGCAUGAGCGUCAGGCUUCUGCUUAUCGAGAUCGGCUGAGAGCUUCUAUGAGCGAGAGCUUCACUAAUGGCAGUGAACAGCAGGGUCGUGGGUUGAGGCAGCGGAGGCCGGCGAACAGCGACAGCCAAGGGCAGCACGAGGAGACCGAAGGGAUCAGGAGGACGAUGCCUGUGGUUGAUCUGAGAAGGUCAUCAUCGCCCGAGCUACCACAUCACAGAGUGGGGGAUGCUUCACCGAGUGUCGGCGACGCAGCGUCGCUACCAGCUGACUCACGCUUCAAUUCGGUCAGAAGCCUCGGUGGGAUCGCAAAGUCGCCCGACUCACCUCAACACGACACGACCAAGACUCAAGACGAUCGCAGCCACGCAGCUAAGAAUGGCCUACUUGGUCUCGACUUUGGUCAGCAAACAGCUUCGUCCGCUGCUUCAGACUUAGAUGAUGCAAAAGAUCCGGACCGAGAAAAGACGGCUCAUCAAGAUUCUUUUACCAGCAUCGUGGACGGCACAGCUUCAUCUUGGCACGCAGUCUUCAGCGAUCGUGAAUCAGUCUCAGCCAACAACGACAGCGACAAAGGCCACGUGGUACUCGACACCAACGGCCUCUCUCAAACCCUCUCUGACCAGCACGAUUCUUUCCAUGAUCUUGACCAAGACGGCCACAGCACCAACGCCUUCAAUGCACCGGAUUCGCCGUAUCGCUCGAACCGCGCAUUGCACUCUCCACCACAGACGGCUCCCUCAACAGACACACGAUCCGGUCGCACCGAGAGUGAACCUGACUUUGAAGUUCUCAGCGACACUGCCGGAUCAGAAGGCCGAUGGAGCCACCUACACGCUCCACCAAGUCCAACGAUCUCUAGUGGAAGCGAUAUGGGAGCUGCACGUGGGAUUGAGGUGUUUUCAGUGACAAGUGAAGGAGAGGAUAGCUGGGCUGAGCUAAGCGAGGUUGGGUCUGAUGUUGAGGGUGGUGAGGAGCGAGUUGUUAGGGGUUGA